AUCCAUCUUCAUGGACACCUGAUGAGCAUCCCCUAAAAACUUUUCAAGACCCCCCUGGAGGAAAAUAGUCAUCAUUUUGUAUUACUUUGGUGUGUUCGGUGCCACAAGAGGAACACUUUUGGUUACUGGACUUGUGAAAAGAUGUCUUUUUGGUGCAGGUGCUUGAUUUUGCUGUGUUUGUCAGCUACUCGUGGCCAUGCUGCAGUUCAGACCUGCAUGGAUAAGCACCAGGUGGUUGGGGUGCUACGACAGAUGGACAAGUUUCUGAAAGGCCAAGAAAUUCGGUUCACAGAAGGCCUCCGGAUAAUGAAGUCAAAACUGGCAACGCUGCAAAAUUCAGUCUCCAAACUGCCUCAAGCAGACCAGUCAGCUGCCCCCACCACCUGCCCCCAGCUGGAAGAACCGGAUCACGGAAUCAAGUUCGGCUCUAAGCAUCUGGUCGGACACGAGGUGCAUUUCACUUGCUCGCAGGGCUACCACCUGGUGGGCUCGGCCACACGUGUCUGCCAGGACAACGGAACGUGGAGUGGACCUGGCGUCUUUUGUAAAGACAUCAGCGAGUGUGCAAGUAACCCCUGCCAAAAUGGAGGCACAUGUGUGGAUGGUGUCAGUCAGUACAAAUGCACCUGCUCCCAGAACUGGAGUGGCUCCCACUGCCAGCACCAAACUCAGACAGCUCCUCCUGAGUGGAGCGUCAUGAACGAUCCAGCGUUUAGCCGAAAACCUCGCUGUGCCCAAGUGAACCGAGCCCAACACUGCAGCUGUGAUGCAGGCUUUCACAUGAGUGGCACAUCAGACAACAGUAUCUGCCAGGAUGUCAACGAGUGUGAAGUCUACCGUCUGGACCAGGGAGGCACGUUAUGCGUCCAUGAAUGUGUCAACGUGCCGGGCUCAUACCACUGCUCCUGCCCCAGCGGCUACAAGCUGCUCCCAGAUGGGCGGAGCUGUGAGGAUGUGGACGAAUGUUUAAACCAGCAGCACAACUGUAGCCGAGGAACAACAUGUAUCAACACAGGGGGAGGCUUUCAGUGUGUCAACCCAGACUGUCCCCGCUCCCAUGGCAACAUCACCUACGUCAAAACAUCUUCCUUUCAGUGUGAGAGGAACCCCUGCCCCAUGGACAGCCGCUCCUGCAACCUGGCUCCAAAGACGGUCUCCUUCCACUUCCUCUCCCUCCCUUCCAACUUGCAAACACCCGCCACCCUUUUCCGUAUGGCCACUGCGGGGGCCCCCGGGCGCGCGGGGCCCGACAGCCUGCGUUUCGGCAUCGUAGGAGGAAACUCCCGAGGCACUUUUGUCAUGCAGCGCUCGGACAGACAAACCGGCGAGCUGAUACUGGUCCAGCAGCUGCGCGGCCCACAGGAGAUCAGCGUGGACGUGGACAUGUCGGAAUAUGCCGACCGCACCUUUCAAGCAAAGCAUGUGGCCAGAGUCCACAUUCUGGUGUCACCCUACAACUUCUGAGGAACAGAUUGUACUGGUCACCUUCAUCACCUCGCAGGCCGAGCCUCGCUUUAUUUUGAAGUCAACUGUGCAACUGUCAUAAUAUUCCUAUUAGCACAAACAGCAGCAUUAGAAUGUCACUCAGUUGGAUCAGCAUCAAACAAAUAUUAUUUGUCAUUAGGAUGCAUGCUUUAAUGCUCUAGGACACAUGUAUCAAACUCAAGGCCCGGGGACCAAUUCUAUCCCACCACAUCAUUGCAAUGUGGACGCCAUAUCAUUUUAUUGAAGACCGCCACAUUUUAAAGUCCAUCCAUCCAUCCAUCUUCUUCCGCUUAUCCGAGGUCGGUCCCCAGCCACUUCGUCCAGCUCUUCCCGGGGGAUCCCGAGGCGUUCCAAGGCCAGCCGGGAGUCAUUUUAAAGUGCCCCGUCCAAUAAUUUUAACUUGGCCUACCACAUUAUGUUUAUUGUGGCCCUCCACGUCAUUUUAUGUGGUCCGCCACAUCAUUUAACUGUAAACCGCCAUGUUUUAAAGUGCCCCGUCCAAUACUUUUGAUGUGGCCCACCACAUAAUUUUUAUUGUGGCCCUACACGUCAUUUUAUGUGGUCCGCCACAUCAUUUUAAAGUGCCCGUCACAUCAUUUUACUAUAGACCGCCACAUUUUAAAAAGCCUCGUCCAAUAAUUUUGAAGUGGCCUACCACUUAAUUUUUAUUUUGGCCCUUCACGUCAUUUUAUGUGGUCCGCCACAUCAUUUUAAAGUGACCCUCCACGUCAUUUAACAAUAGACAGCCAGUUUUAAAGUGCCCCGUCCAAUAAUUUUGAUGUGGCCCUUCACGUCAUUUUUUGUGGUCCGCCACAUCAUUUUAAAGUGGCCCUCCACGUCCUUUUACUGUACACAGACAGUUUUAAAGUGCCCCGUCCAAUAUUUUUGAUGUGGCCUACCACAUCAUGUUUAUCGUGGCCCUCCACGUCAUUUUAUGUGGCCCGCAACAUCAUUUUCCUGUAGACCGCCACAUUUUAAAGUGCCCCAUCCAAUACUUUUGAUGUGGCCUACCACAUCAUGUUUAUUGUGGCCCGCCACGUCAUUUUAAAGUAGCCCUCCACGUAAUUUAACUGCAGACAGCCAGUUUUAAAGUGCCCUGUCAAAUAAUUUUAAUUUGGCCAACCACAUCAUGUUUAUUGUGGCCCUCCACGUCAUUUUAUGUGGUCCGCCACGUCAUUUUUACUGUAGACCGCAACGUUUUAAAGUGCCCCGUCCAGUAAUUAUUUUUUUUGCGGCCCACCACAUUAUUUUAUUUUGGCCCACUUUAUAAUUUUGAUGUGGCCCUCUACGUCAUUUUGUGGUCCGCCACAUCAUUUACGCGGCCCACUAUGUCAUUAUGGGAACCGCGAAAGGCUGGAAAUAAAAAAGCACCUUCUGGCUAAA